AUGUCGCAACCUUUCCACGCAGGCGGUGCGACGGCUAUACAUCUUUCAGAACCGAUUUCGCUUCUCAAGGCGUUAGUCACACGCUGGUCUGAGCUUGAUAUCACGCAUCUGGGCUCAAUUGUAGCGCUUGCAGGCGUUGCGCCUUCGGCAUGGCGCUUUGCGAGGACUAUAUGGACCGAAGUUUCUGGGUGGAUACGGCGUUUCUUCAUUGCAUCUGUCACAAUCCCGGGCCGCGAUCCUUUGAAUCGGAAUGUUGUAAGCUGGGUACUAGCCAAUGUAAUUGAAGGUCGAACAAUCCGUUUCUUUACUGCUCGCACUGAGUCGCAACUGGGACGCGAUGAUGGGGCUUCCCUAAAGAAGACACGACGCCACGCGCAAUAUUUACCUCAUUGGGAGACAGCGUGGUUUUGGCAUAAGAAGAAUCUUUUCAUUGUCUCAAGGUCACUUGACAGCUUUAACGCAUCCAUGAUGGACGCUGGCUAUGACGGAAUAGGGGGUGAAGAUCUUACCAUCAGCUGCAUUGGGCGCUCAGCAGAUCCCAUCAAGGCGCUUGUCGAGAGUUGCCGUGAGUACGCAGACAGACAGGCGCAGUACUUCGUCACAAUAUAUUCGAGAGACCGAUACGGCAUUUCUUGGCAGCCAAAGUCUCGAAUGCCAAUUCGACAUUUGGAUACUGUUCACUUUGAUGAAGUCGUAAAAAAGGAACUGCUCGCCGAUCUCAGGAAAUAUCUAGAUCCAAAGACUCAAAAACGAUACCGGAAUCGAAGUAUGCCUUAUCGUCGCGGCUAUCUGCUCUAUGGACCACCUGGCACAGGAAAAAGCUCCUUGUCAACUGCACUAGCCGGAGAAUUCGGACUUGAUUUGUAUGAAGUCAAGCUCCCAAGUGUUCCUGCUGAUCACGACCUCGAACAAAUGUUCCAGGAGAUCCCGCCUCAGUGUAUUGUGCUCUUAGAAGACAUUGAUGCUGUUGGUAUAGAACGCGACUCUGGCGAUAAAAGCGAUCAGAGCAGCAUCCACAGCAAUCGUUCCAGCUGUACUCUCUCUGGUGUGCUAAAUGUCCUAGAUGGUGUGGGGUCCGCCGAAGGCCGCAUUGUCAUCAUGACCACGAAUAAGCCUGAUCAAUUGGACAGUGCUUUGGUGAGACCUGGUCGCAUCGACAUGAAGGUAUUCCUUGGAAAUAUCAACCAACAGUCAGCGAAGCAAAUGUUUGUCCGUAUGUUCUCACCCGACCUGGACAGCUCCGAAAGCCCCAUGCGCCUUGAGGACAUAGAAAAGCUUGGUGACGAUUUCGGAAGUCGAAUACCCGAGGACACUUUCACCCCGUCUCAGCUACAAGGGUUCUUCCAGUCAAACCUUGACAGCGCUACCGACGCAGUUACAAACGUUACUACAUGGGUCGAAAAAGAGAUACACAAGAAAUCAAUAGAUGAGGGCAUCGAAAUUGUGCGGCAAACACCUAAGCCUUAA